AUGAGCGUGCGUAAGGCUCACAACAGCGGCCGCAACCACCUCCGCAACGUCCAAGACUACUAUCAACAAAUCGGACAUGAAAAGGCACAGAGCGUCAUAGACUCGAUCACGUCCUCGUACGCGGACGCCGGCCAGGCGGCGCAGAAUCCCAUGCUGCAACAAGGCGGUAUGAUCGGUCCCAUGCCCGGUGCCUCCUUCCCGACGAGCGGUGCGGCACGUCCGCCCUUUCCAUUUCCAGGUCAGCCAGGCGCGCCACCUCCAAUAAAUUUUUCCGGCCCACGACCCGCCGGGCUCCCCGCCCAUCUUCCUUGGCCGCCUCCGCAGAUGCCUUUCCCCCCACCGCAGGGCAUGCCAGGAAUGCCUCCGUUUCCCCCACCAGCGGCAGGCUCGCCACCGCAGGGCAUGCCUCCAUUCCCACCCCCGGUCGCUCCAGGAAUGCCGCCUCCGCCGCCAGGAGCCAGCUUUCCGCCUUUUGGAGGACAGUCAGGCUCACCUAGCGGACCCCCACCUCCAGGACAAGGCUUUAUGCCUCCGGGGAUGGCGCCACCCGGAAGUGGACCUCCUGGACAUUGA